AUGUCGAGAGUGGCACUUGAGCGGUUUGCACCGCGACUCUCUCACCGUCUGCGUGUAGAGACGACACCGUACGGAGCGACCUUUGCGCUGACUGCUGCUGCCGAGCGAGCGUAUGCUGUGGUCACCUCGCGACGGAAUGGUGGCGGUAGUGGUGGAAGCCGAGCCGGUGGCAGCAACAGUGGCAUGCGAGCGGCGACGGCUGCCGAGUGGCCGGAAAUGGCAAAGUCGAUCAAGAGAGAACCAGAUGCAGAGACGAGAGAUCGUAUGCGGAGGCUGUUCUCGCGCCUGGUAGCGAUGGUUGCAGAGCUGGCGCCGACUCCACCCGAUGGCUCAUCGCCAGAUGCUGCUGCUGUGGCUAUGGCCAAGGAGCUGUUUGAUGCUCUUGCGCCCGACGAGGACGAGCUGGCAGCAGGUAGAAAGGAGGCCAAGGCCAAGAUUGCGGUCAAGAAGGAGCGGGCCGAGGCUGCGGCAGCAGCCCGGUUUGCAGACAGCGAUGCCGAUCCUGAGCAGGUCGCUGCAGCCGUCGCCGACGCCGGACGCAAGAUCGAAGAGAUUGUCGCUCGCCGUCCGUUUGUCCUUGAUCAAGAGACAAAGGUGGCACAGCGGAAGGUGCUUGCCGAGCUUAUUGGUCGCGAGGUCGAGACUGCUCUCGCCACGGAGCUCUCAGUUGUCGCGCGCAAGCUCGCACUCUGGAUUGCUGACGUUCGCGACGUGUACUACGGUUCCAUGACCAAGGCCGAGAUCCGGGCCGAAGCCGAGGCCGAGACCCGGGCCAAGAUGGCGGCGGCGCGCGCCCAAGAGCCGUUUGGCUCGGGCGUGGCCAUCGAUGCCGCCGUACUCCCACCGCUCACUCCGCUGCCGCUCCACAAGGCACGGUAUCCGCGGAGCGAGGUUCGACCCGAGCCUGUGCGGUCCUCCGCGCCUGCGCCUGCGAGGGCGGCAGCGAGAGAGUCGGACGCGCGGGCUGUUGCUGCUUCUGCCAGCUCCAUGGCAGGCGCCCCGGCCGGCAAGGACGCGGCGUGGCUCCGCGAGCAGUGCGCGCGCGUGGCAGCUGCCAACGACGUCGGGACCAGUGGCGACGAGCUGGCAAUGGCGGUCCACGAGGUGCUGGCCAAGAACAACGACGCCACAGCGCUCCAGUCGCACCUUUUUGAACUGCUCGGCAUGAACGGGCUCGACCUCAUUCCGGAGCUGAUCGGCUCGCGCGAUGAGCUCGUUGCCAACUGGCUGAGCAUGGAAGAGUCGGACGCGGCGCUUGCUGCGCGACUUGAUGCCAUGGAUGCGGCGGUGGCAGCUGACGCGGCGGUGUUUGACCUUGCGGGCCUGACUGGUGGGAGCAACAACCCGCACGGUGCUGGGUUUACCAUCACAUCGGCAGCGGCCAAGGCGGCGGCGAAGGAGCGGCGACGGAUUGAGCGGCGGCGGACGCGGCAGGCGGAGAGCAACGCGAACAGCUUGGGCGGCAGCGGCGGGGUCAGCUCCAAGGCGUACACGGCCGAGGCGAUCGAGGCGCGGCGGCAAGCCAAGCUUGCGGCGGCGCGGGCGCGGCCGGCGAUUUCGGGCUCAGGCUCGCUGGUCGGCGCGGCGCCCGUCAACCGCGGGAUGCCCUCGAACGCGACGGAGGAGAAAACCAAGGAGUACAGGCGGGUGCACGUUCCGGCAGCACGUGCGAGCCCGCCUGGUGCGGGCGAGCGGCUGAUUCCGAUUUCCGAGUUUGAGCCGUGGGCCCGGCUGGCGUUCAAGGGCUACAAGUCGCUCAACCGCAUUCAGUCUGCGGUGUUUGAGGCGGCGUAUCGGCGCAACGAGAACUUGCUCAUUUGUGCGCCGACCGGCGCCGGUAAGACCAACGUGGCGCUGAUGACGAUUCUGCACCAGGUCGGGGUGCACAUGGACGACGCUGGCGUCAUUCGGCGAGCCAACUUUAAGAUUGUGUACGUGGCGCCGAUGAAGGCGCUGGCGUCCGAGGUGGUGGCGUCGUUCUCGAAGCGGCUCCGCCCAUUGGGGCUUGUCGUCAAGGAGCUGACGGGCGACAUGCAGCUGACCCGGCGCGAGCUGAUGGAGACGCAGAUGAUUGUGACGACGCCCGAAAAAUGGGACGUCAUCACGCGCAAGUCGGGUGACAUGGCGCUGACGGCGCUGGUCAAGCUCCUCAUCUUUGACGAAGUGCAUCUGCUGCACGACGACCGUGGCCCAGUCAUCGAGUCGCUGGUGGCGCGGUCGCUGCGGCAAGUCGAGGCGACGCAGUCGAUGAUCCGCAUCGUCGGUCUCUCGGCAACGCUGCCCAACUACAAGGACGUGGCGCACUUUCUGGGCGUCAACGAGCGCACAGGCCUGUUCCACUUUGACGCGUCGUACCGGCCGGUCCCGCUCGAGCAGACGUUCAUUGGGGUGCGGGAGAAGGACCGCUUCAGGUCGGUGCGGAUUAUGAACCGCAUUGCGUACGAAGAGGCGCACGCAGCGGUGGCGGCCGGCUUCCAGGUCCUCGUCUUUGUCCACGCCCGCAAGGACACGUUCAACACGGCUGAGGCCAUGAUCAACGAGGCGGCUCGGGCAGGGACGAGCGAGGUCUUCCUCCCAGCCGAGACGCAGGCAGUCCGGGAGAUGGCGAAGCGGGUCUCCAAAUCGAAGAAUGCGCAACUGCAGGAGCUGUUCAGCCACGGGUUUGGGUGCCACCACGCCGGCAUGCUGCGGCCCGACCGCAACCUGGCGGAGAAGCUGUUUGAGGGCGGGUUCAUCAAGGUCAUGACGUGCACGGCGACGCUUGCGUGGGGUGUGAACUUGCCGGCGCAGACGGUGAUUAUCAAGGGCACACAGGUGUACAACGCCGAUGCAGGUGGCUUCCGGCCGCUAUCGAUGCUGGAUGUGAAUCAGAUUUUCGGACGGGCUGGCCGGCCGCAGUACGAGGCGACCGGCUCUGCCAUCAUGAUCACUUCCUCUGAUGAGAUGCCAGACUACCUGCGCAAGCUCACGCACCAGCUCCCGAUCGAGUCGCGGUUCAUGGAGCGGCUGCCGACGAAUCUCAACGCCGAGAUUGUGCUCGGGACGGUGACCAACGUGGCCGAAGCCAUUUCGUGGCUGCGGUACACGUAUCUGUACGUGCGGAUGAUCCGCAACCCGCUGGUGUACGGCAUUCCGCACGAGGAUCUGCUCGCGGACCCGAGCCUGUUCCUGCGGAUGGAGCAGCUGAUUGUGGACGCGGCGCGGCGGCUGGACGCGUGCCGAAUGAUCCGGUAUGACGAGCGGACGACCAACUUUUAUGUCACUGACUACGGGCGGACGGCAUCACACUACUACAUCGAGUGUGCGUCGAUGGAGCAUGUGAACAAGGCGCUGCGCCCGGGCCUCGACCUCCCGGCCGUCCUUGUGCUCCUCGCCAAGUGUGCCGAGUUUGAGCAGAUCAAGGUGCGGGCGGACGAGGCCGGUGAGCUAGCGACGCUCGCCGCAAAGUUCUGCCCGGUCAAGCUUCCGCGCGGACUUGCAAAGGACGACCCGACGUUCAAGGUCCUUGUCCUGCUGCAGACGCAUAUUUCCGGCGGGCGCCCGCGGACGUUCUCGCUUAUCUCAGACACGUACUACGUGACGCAGAACGGAUCGAGGCUGGUCCGCGGCCUGUUUGACAUGUCGCUCAAGCGUGGUUUUGUUGACCUCGCCGACAUGUUCCUCACCCUCGGCAAGUCGAUUGAGAAGCGGCUGUGGGUGAGCGACCACCCGCUGCGGCAGUUCCGCCAGCUCCGCGACGACGUGGUGCAGCGACUGGAGGAGACCGAGCUUGGGCUUGAUGCGCUGGCGGACAUGGGCGCGGCCGAGAUUGGCGCCAUGAUCCACAUGCACAACGCUGGCGCGGCGGUGGCACGGGCAGUGGGCCAGUUCCCGCACCUUGCGCUGGAGGCGAGUGUCCAUCCGGUCACCGCCUCGAUUCUCCGGGUCAAGCUCUUCAUCACGCCGGCGUUCCAGUGGGCUGACCGCGUCCAUGGCGGGCUGAGCCGCUGGUGGAUCUGGGUCCAGGACGCAGACUCGUCGCACAUCUACCACUCGGAGAUGUGGGCGCUUGACAAGCGGCGGGCGAGCGCGGGCGAGACAGCGGAGCUCGAGUUUACUGUCCCUCUCGUCGAGCCGCGGCCGUCGCAGUACUUUGUGCGGGCCAUUUCAGACGACUGGCUCGGCGCUGAGGUCUACCUCCCGCUUGAGCUCGACGGGUUGGUCCUUCCGGACCGACGGCCGCCGCACACACCGCUGCUAGAUCUUGUGCCGCUCGCGACCAGCGCACUGAGCAACCUGGCCUUCGAGGCGCUGUACCCGUUCUCGCACUUUAACCCGAUCCAGACGCAGGCCUUCCACACGCUCUACCACACCGACACCAACGUACUGUUAGGCGCACCGACCGGGUCGGGCAAGACGAUCUGCGCAGAGCUGGCGAUGCUGCGGCUGUUUUCGACGGCGCCCAACGCGACGGUUGUGUACGUGGCACCGCUCAAGGCGCUUGUCCGGGAGCGGAUGGUGGCAUGGCGCAAGGGCCUCUGCUCUAAGCUCGGCAAGAGCAUUGUGGAGCUGACCGGCGACGUGACACCCGACGCGCGGUCGCUGGCGCGGGCAGACAUUGUCAUCACCACGCCGGAAAAGUGGGACGGCGUGUCGCGGAACUGGAAGCAGCGGCCGUACGUGCGCAAGGUCGGACUUGUGGUCAUCGACGAGAUCCAUUUGCUCGGGGCGGACCGCGGGCCUAUUCUCGAGGUCAUUGUCUCACGGAUGAACUACAUUGCGCAGCAGACGUCGGCGGCGAUCCGGAUUGUGGGCCUCUCAACGGCUCUGGCCAACGCAACCGACCUCGCUGACUGGCUCGGGAUCGAGCACAACGCAGGGUUGUACAACUUUCGGCCGAGCGUGCGGCCGGUUCCGCUCGAGGUGCACAUUGCUGGCUUCCCGGGCAAGCAUUACUGCCCGCGGAUGGCGACGAUGAACAAGCCGACCUACGACGCCAUCAUGACGCACUCGCCGUCUGCGCCGGCGCUGGUCUUUGUCUCGUCGCGGCGGCAAACGCGGCUGACAGCACAGGCGCUGAUCUCGGCGUGCGCGUCGGCGGCUAACCCGCAUCAGUUCCUCGGCAAGCCGUUUGAUGAGAUGGAGGCUGUGGCUGAGUUGGUUUACGACUCUGCGCUCGCGUCGUGCCUGCGGUACGGAAUCGGCAUGCACCACGCUGGGCUCAAGCGGUCCGACAAGGACAUUGUGGAGCAGCUCUUUGCUGACGGUUCGAUCCAGGUCCUUGGCACGCAGUUCUAUGACGCCAAGGUCGGCCGGUACGUCGACUUUCCCAUCACAGACGUGCUGCAGAUGAUGGGCCGGGCCGGGCGGCCGCAGUUUGACACCUCGGGCAUAGCAGUGGUCCUCGUGGCCGAGUCGAAGAAGAACUUUUACAAGAAGUUCCUCUACGAGCCGUUCCCAGUCGAGUCGUCGCUCCUCACCCAGCUCCACGACCACCUCAACGCCGAGGUUGUGGGCGGGACGAUUUCGAGCCCGCAGGACGCGAUGGACUAUCUGACGUGGACGUUCCUGUUCCGGCGGCUUGCGGCAAACCCGUCGUACUACGGACUUGAGGACACGUCCGAGGAGGGCAUGGCGGCGUUCCUCUCGGACGUGGUGGCGCGGCAUCUCGACGAGCUCGAAGAGGCGCAGUGCGUGGCGCUGAGUGAGCUGGACAACGGCGAGUCGCUGGUCGAAGCGACACCGCUGGGCCGCAUUGCCUCGUACUACUACCUGCACUACACCACCAUGGGCCAUCUCGCCGAGGCUAUCACCGACAGCGUUAGCAUGGACGAGGCAGCGUCGAUCCUUGCCGACGCCACCGAGUUUGCCGAGCUCCCGGUGCGGCACAACGAGGACGCGCUCAAUGCCGAGCUGGCCAAGGACCUUCCGUGGCCGACCGAGGGCUACGAGUGGGACGACCCACAUGCCAAGGCGUUCAUCCUUCUGCAGGCACACAUGGGCGGGUUCCCGCUCCCGAUCUCCGACUACAUUACCGACCUCAAAUCGAUUCUUGACCAAUCGGCCCGGGUGCUGCAGGCCAUGGUCGACGUCGCAGCCCAGGCCGGGUACCUAGCGACGGCUCUGACGACGAUGCGCCUCGCACAGGGCAUUGUCCAGGCACGAUUCCCGCACGACUCGUCGCUUCUCCAGCUCCCAGGCGUCAAGCCUUCGGCGGUGGAGAGCGGGCCGGCCAGGUGCAUGACCAUGGGCCAGCUACAGGCGCUGUCGGGCGACGCGCUCACCGCACGACUGCAGGAGCUCGGACUCGGCGGCGGCAAGCUCAAGGAGGCACGCCGUGUGGUGUCGGCAUACCUGCCCAAGGUCGCGGUCAAGGCGUGGAUCAAGGCCGGCGGCAAGAAGCGCGGCAAGGGCGGGUCCGGGCGGGUCGGCGUCGACAGCCUCGCCAAGCUCAAGGUCUCGAUCUCGAUGGCGCCGCGGUCCAAGCGCAACGCCAACAAGGCGUAUGCGCCGCGGUUCCCGCGACCGGUCCGCGAGGGCUGGUGGAUUGUGGUCGGGCUCGACGACGAGAUCCUUGCCCUCAAGCGUGUCGGCGGUCUCCGACACAAGCUCGCCACCGAGCUCGAGUUCUACACGCCUGACGUCCCGGGUGACUACACCCUCACGGUCCACCUUGUCUCGGACUGCUACAUGGGACUCGAUCAGUGCGUCGAGGUCAGCAUGGUUGUCGCGUAAAGCCAAUCGA